AUGUCAUUCUAAAAAUUAUAUUUAUGCCCUCGUGUUUUCUAAACAUCCUCGUCAGAGUUGAUUCAAGACGCUACUGUUCACACUUUGUAGUUGAGACCAGCGCCUCCAGGAUAGUAUAAAAGUUUCAGGGAAAUCUGAGCUUUCCCUCAUCUUAAGUUUUAAUCCUUAUAUUUUCUUUAAAAGGGGAAGAAAAGUGCAAUGGCCAGGUCCUGGAUCAGAUAAAGUAGGAAGCGUGUGUAGGACUUGUUGGAAACAUUUGGCGAGUAUACUGGACACAGAGAGUUUGCGGUCAUUUCCAGUCCUCAAGGUGUAUUCACCAUGACGGAGGAGAAGGCACAACGAGGCAACUGGGGCAAUUGGUUCGAGUUCUUCUUUUCUAUCAUUGGCUGCAUGGUGGGACUUGGCAAUGUCUGGCGCUUUCCUUAUGUCUGCUACGUAAAUGGCGGAGCUGCGUUUUUAAUACCCUACCUCAUUGCCAUGAUACUCUGCGGCGUUCCACUCAUGUUCCUCGAGCUCGCCUACUGUCAGUUCUCCAACCUGGGACCUGGCAGGGUGUGGGUGGUGUGUCCUCUCUUUAAAGGUAUAGGAUUCGGCAUGGUCCUUCUGACAUCGAUGGGGUCAAUCUACUACAACGUGAUCAUCAGCUGGGCGUUGUAUUACUUAGCCGUGUCCUUCAACUCUGUGCUUCCAUGGACCACCUGUGGAAACUCCUGGAAUUCCCCAGACUGCAUAGGGACGACGUCUGUUUCUAAUUCGUCUUCGAGAAUACUACUCGAGUCGAACUCCUCUCCUAACAGCACAGAAAUGACAACACUCUUGCACAACCUUACAGCGACCUAUGAAGUGAGGAAGACGCAGUCUUCUGUUGAGCAGUACUGGAACAAUCACGUGCUGCAGCUGACAGACAGCAUCGACAAUCUGGGGGUGAUACGGUGGGAGCUGCUGCUGUGUCUGCUGGCUGCGUGGCUUAUAUCUUUCAUCUGCCUGUACAAGGACAUCAAGACCUCCGGCAAGGUGAUGUACGUGGCGGCCAUACUACCGUAUAUAGUGCUCUUUGCCCUCCUCAUCAGGGGCGCCAUAUUACCAGGAGCACGUGAUGGAGUCAUCUUCUACCUUGUGCCCAGGUGGAAUAAACUUCUGGAAUGGAAGGUGUGGAUGGCAGCAGCCGCUCAAGUCUUUUACUCAGCCGGAAUAGGUGUAGGAGGGGUGUCCACCCUGGCUAGCUUUAACCGCUUUCACAACAACUGCUACAGGGACGCCAUGUUUCUGCCGAUUUUGGACGCGCUGACCUCUGUCUUCUCUGGCUUUGUCAUCUUCGUGUACCUGGGCUACAUGGCGCACCUGCAGGACACCACCGUAGAGAACGUCGUCAAACAAGGUGCAGGCUUAGCCUUCAUUGCUUAUCCAGAUGGUCUGGCCUCCAUGCCGCUUCCACAGCUGUGGUCUGUCCUGUUCUUUCUGGUCCUUGUAACUGUGGGCCUGGACAGUCAGUUUGUGCACGUGCAGACUAUUACCACGUGCAUCGUGGACAACUUUCCCCAACUGAAUCAGAAAAAAAGAUGGCUGACACUAGCGGUGUGCGUGAUUGGCUUUCUAAUGGGGAUCCCUUUCGUAACCCAGGGUGGUGUGCAUAUCCUCACCCUGUGGGACUGGUACGUCGCCAGUUUCUCAAUCAUGUUGCUAGCGGCAACAGAGUGUCUUGUACUCAGCUGGAUCUACGGGUCUGGCAAGCUUUAUGCUGACAUUGCCAUGAUGAUCGGUUAUCGCCCGCAUGCCCUUUGGCAUUUGUUCUGGAGAGUGCUCUCCCCUGUCUUCGUCAUGGUGACCUGGACGUUAGGAAUAUUGUCCUGGAAGCCUCUAGAGGGAUACCCAGGAUGGACAGUUGGUUUUGGGAUUCUUAUCGGACUUUUGCCUCUAACACCUAUACCCAUCAUGGCUGUCUAUGAAGUCGUAACUGCACCCGGUGGUUCUUGUCUAGAGAAAAUACGCAUCCGCUUGCGGCCUACACCAGAAUGGAAACCAGCGCUGUCCAAAGACGAUGGCAGCAGCGAGCUCGAGACUCUCCGUCAAUGGCAACACCACGACGACAGUGCUGUCGUUUGAUGUAGCUACAUCGUUCGUCGCCAUCUUGAAGUCCGACUACACCACGAUUCAGUCCAAAAUUUCUGGUGACGAAACCGAGUACUCAAUUCAAACCAAGAGAUAUCCAAUGAGGAAAUGUAGGAUAUAUAUAGUUGAGGUUUUUUUUAAGACACGAGUUGCGUACUUUUGUUGUUGUUGUUGUUGUUGUUGUUGUUGUUGUUGUUGUUGUUGUUGUUGUUGUUGCCGCCGCCUGUCCCAUGGCAUGUUCAGCUUAAUUUGGGCACCGAAGUAUAUCCUUUAGAACAACCUUCCACCCCUGAACUCCAGGUGUGGAUAAAAAAAAAAGGAAAAUAUAUGUGACCGCGUGCAGCUACCUUACCAGCAAAUUGUUAAAAAUUAUAAGAGCUGUAGUUGAAGAAUUAAUGAUAAUGCGAUCCUCAAUCCUGUAACACAAAAUAAACACUAUUUUCGGAAA